AUGACGUAUAUUCUAUAUAUUUAUCUGGUUUCUGGUUUCUUUUUUCUGCUUAAUCACUUUUAUCUCUUUCCUUUCUUUCUCUUUGUGGCUCCACUUUCUCUCUCUUCCUAUCUGUCGCUCCUAGUCUCUCUUUCUCUCUCUCCCUUCUCUACCUCUGCAUCACCCGCAUGCUCUCUUUCACCCUCUUUUCCUUCUCUAUCACUUUUUUUUUCAAUCGGUAUAUCACUUUCUCCUCCCUCUGGAUUUUGUUCUUACUUUCUCUGUCCCUCUCACUCCUAUUCUUUACAUUUUUACUCCCUCGCUUCUCUUACUCAUCCCGCCACUCUCACUCUCAAUCCUUUUCCAUCGUUCGUUCUUUCUUUCUUUUUCUAUUCUAACCCUUCUGUUUACUUUCUUUAUUCUGACAUUUUUUUCCCUAAUUUUGCCAUCAGACGUCAUAUUAUGGCAAUCAAUGACAAUAAUUUCUUAGUCAGCCACCAGUCAGUCAGCCUCGUUGCCGUCUUCGUUCCCGCCACCUUUCCUUCGUCAGCCUCGUUUUCGUCUAUUAUUCAUGUUGUCAUUCAUUCAAUGGUUGAUUCGUUUACCUCAUUAUUUUCAAGUUUUCUUUUUCUUGUAUAUUUUUUUUUAACUGCGCGUGUGUAUGCGUCGCAGUAUGUCGAUAAAAUAUCCUCACUCAAUAAACAUGGACGCGUAUAG